CCACAUCUGCGUGACAGUUGUCGCGGGGGGAGGGUGAGCCCAGGCUAGGGGGAGGGAGUGUAAAUAGAGCGAAGGCGGCGCCGCGUCGACCGUGCUGCAGCCGGGCGACCCGCGGAGAGCCCUGGAAGAUGGAAGAAGAUGAGCAGGAGCAGCGGCGCAGAAAGGUGGAGGCCGGGAGAGCGAAGCUUGCUCACUUCCGACAGAGAAAAACCGAAGGUGACGGUGCGCACCCGAAGAAAAAGACGGCGAAGAGGAAGGGCCCGGCUGUCGAUGCGCCUGUCCAGGAGGAGAGCCCGGUAGCCGCCGAGGACGGGGUGCUCCUGGGAGGACGGGGCGUUUGCAGGAGCUCGGUGUGUGGCAACCUCCCUGCUGGCGCGGGAGCAGCUCCGCUGGAGGACCCUGACCCGGAGAGGACCGAGGACUCAGAGCCGCAGCAGAAGCUGGAUGGCGACCAUCUGGAACAGCCUGGGGUCAUCACAAAGCCGCUGCCGCCCCUGGAGCUGGAGGCACUGCGCCUGAGCCUGAGCGACCUUCACGCGGCGCAGCUGGAGCUGACGCAGGCCAACCUGCAGCGGGAGAAGGAGACGGCGCUGACCGAGCUGCGCCAGAUGCUCAACAGCCGGCACGCCCAGGAGCUGGCGCUGCUGCGCAGCCAGACGCGGCGGGAGCUAGAGGAGAUGGCGCUGCAUCACAGCCGGGAGACAGCUGAGCUGAAGGAAAAGCUACAGUCGGAAGUGGAGAAAAACGCCCAGAUGAUAGAGACCCUGAAGCAGGACUGGGAAUCCGAGAGAAGUAAGUGCUUGGAAAACCUACGCCGAGAAUUACUGGAAAAGCAUCAGUCAGAACUGGAGAAUUUACAAAACCAGUAUAAGAAAGAAUUGGCAGAACAGAAAGCUGAGUUGGAGAAGAUUUUUCACGCCCAAAAUCAGGCUGAACUUUCCCUCCGGACUCAGGAGGCUCAGCACGAAGUGGCCCUGAGGCAGCUACGCGCGGACCUGCAGCGUGAGCGUGUCCAGUGCCUGGAGGACCUGGAGCUGAAGUUCAGAGAAGGGGAAAAGGAGAGCCAGCUGGAGUUAGAGAACCUCCGGGUGUCCUACGAGGAGCUGCAGGCCCAGUCACAGGAGGAGAUCCAGCGCCUGUGGGUCCAGCUGGAGUCUGCCCGGUCCAGCAGGCAGGAGCUGAGUGGUGAGGAGCCUUGUGUUGAAAAUUCAGGUCCACGAACAGCUGUAUUUGUAACUGUUGAAACCCCCAGCUGGAAUCUGAUGGCUUUGAAAACCCCAGAAAGUGAUUUGUAAACUUCCGUGGAGACUGACGUCUGUGGCUUCAGGGUGGAAAUUGUGGGUGGGCGGCCUUGGCUUCAUCGCAGACGAGUCAGGCAUGUCGGGAAGCCCAUGUCUCUCCUGCGCUAACUGCACACUGUUCAUGUGUGAGGCAGGGCUUGCGGGUGGGCUUGGUUGGGCACCGUUCUCAGUGGGCGUUCAGGGUCGCAGAUGUGCCUUGCUGCCUCCUGGGUCCCGUGAGCUCCCCUGGGCAGGUGUGCUCAGGCCCCUGUGGCCUGGCUCUGGUCUUGGAGGAGAGUGACGCCACAUUUGCUGAGGGCAGCUUAGCCGGGUUCUCCUUCUGACUCACACCUGCCUCUGCCUCCUGAGAAGCCAGAGGAUCUGUUCUUGCAGGAGAUGCCUUCGGGGUGGUUGGGGGAGGUCAUGAGACUCAGGGCAGAGAAACGGGGGCUUUCCUGCCCCCGCUCACCAGAUGGCCUGUGACAUCUAGAACUGCCUGGGGAGGGUGAGUGUUACUAGGAACAAACAGAGUUAGGAGAAAGGACCUGAAACUACACUGGACGUUCUGGCGGGUGGGUGAGCCCAGCACCUGGUCUGUGGGUCACUGAUGAGGCCGUGGGCAGCGCUCGUGGACUGGUGGCUUCAUGUGUGCUAUCACACGUGUUUCAGCGUGUGCGUGUUCCACUGGAAAUCCUCAGGCUUGCCUGUAAGGGCCCUCCAGGGAACUGUGAUUUGGAGUACGGGAUAGUUACCUAUUUCCAUCUAUGUUGUUUGAAAGCUAGUCCCUGGCUGUGGUAGACCGGCUGGCAGCAUCCUCUUCAUCAGAGGAGUGGUGGUGCCAGUUCUCUUGUGGUCUGUGUUACCGGUCGUUGCUGCUAACAAAGCACCGCCAGCCCAGCAGCUUACAGCCGCCACGCGCAGUGGCAGGAGGCCUGAGGUGGAGUCCCCUGCAGCCGAAGUCCGGGUGUCGGGCCGCCCUUUGACCUGCUCCCUCGGGUUGUGGCGGAACCCAGGCCCUGUGGUUGUGGGACCGAGGUCCUGCUCUCCUGCUGGUCUUCAACCUACAGGCUGCCCACUGCCCACGUUCCCUGCCCUGCGGCCCCUCUGCCUUCAGAGCCCCCAGCGGCACGUGGAAUGUUCCUCACACUUUGGUCCCUCUGACUCUGCCACCAGCUGCCGAUGCACUCUGCCCCUGGGGGCCCGGGGCCCACUGAGGCCACCCAGCUGGCCUCCCCGUGAGGCCCCCGUGUCAGUUCAUGGGCUCUGUGACUGGGGCCCCUUUUUACAAGUCUUCUCUGUACACAUCCCAGGUCUUAACUGUCUCCUGGUUUUCCCUGAGUGUUUCGUUUUAAGAUGAUCGUUAAUUCCGUCCC